AUGGUCUUCCGCUUCGUAAGUACCCAUCCCCUUCAAGCCCCAAUCUCCUCCACAACCACCCCCAAAUCAAGCCCUCAAGUUUCAACAUCAACUAACAAGACAACCUUCCCCGGCCUUCCCUGCCAGCCCAAAUCCAUCGACCCAAUCACCCUCUUCCACAGCCCGAGCCUAGCCUCCUCGCAGCGCGCACACACGAUCCUCAAGCAAGCCGCGUCGAUCGCCUCCGAGACCGCGACCGAGGACCAGGCCAGCGACUACCUGGAGCACGCGAAGCGGCAGCGCGGCGAGUUCUCGCUGGAGGUGACGACCGCGGCGCCGACGGCGGACCAGCUGCGGAAUAUCCUGGACUAUGUGGGCGGCGGGGUGAAGGCGUCGCAGAUUGUGACGGGGGCGAAGGAUGCGCAGGAUGCGUUGGAGUUGUUCAAGAAGGAUCAGGCGCGGUUUGUGAAGCCGGUGACUGUGGACUGGACACAUGGCAAGGCAGUGAUCGGGGAUAACGAGUCGGAGAUCCUCAAGAUGGUGCACCAGUUGGAUGUCGAUUAA